AUGGGAGGUUGUGAACAACGAAAACAUAACUCGGAUCACUCGGAUAUAGGAUCAUAUAACUGUCCGUCGAAUCGAGACCAUCGGGAUUCAUCUCAUCGCAAUCUUCAUCCCAAUGAGAUGUACGUGUCUCCUUCGGUUAUGAUGGUAAUGCGUCACUCGGAACGAGUCGAUGAUUGUUGUCCAGGAUGGAUAGAAAAGUGUAACAAGGAAGGAAAAUAUGAACCAUUUGAUUUAAAUAUGCCAUCUCGUCUUCCGAUUCAACGUCCUCUUAAGGAUUACACUAGAGACACGUGUCUUACUAGAAGUGGUGUUGUUCUUGCUCAAAUGGUUGGAAGAGGUCUUCUGAUGACUGAUAAUACACCGGAUGUCAUUUAUUGCUCUCCAUCUCUUCGUUGCAUUCAAACUGCCACAUGGGUUAGAGACAUGUCUGGAAGCAAAGCGUUAAUUCGUGUGGAACCUGGACUAUUUGAAAACUUUCACUAUCCUCAUGGAGUUCCAAGAUUCAUCACACCACUUCAACGUCACAUCUUCCCAGUUGACAAAUCAUUCCGUCCAUUUCUUUCUCUGGAAACUGUAGUUGGAAAACAAGAGACAAAUGACGACUACAAUGAAAGAAUCAAAAUGAUUCUGAACGCAAUUGCUGAGCAAUCGGAAGUAUCUCAUUAUGAAAAAGAACUGAAGGUUCUCGUGGUUGCACAUGCAUCAACUGUCGAUAUGGCUGUGGGAUUAUUGAGAGAUAAACCAAGAAAAACGGUGGAUAUGGAGUUGGACAAUAUUGCUAUUCCUGUUCCAUACUGCUCUCUUGCUUAUCUCAAAAAAAAAGCCUCCUACUGGGUUCCAUCUGCUCAUCAAAUUCCUCCUGUCACCUACGAGUUUCUCUCCACAAAGUACAACCACUAUUUUGUUCACCGUCCUUGA